AUGAGUGCUAACAGGGACCAUGAACUGUCGCUACUGCGAGAAAUGUUCCCUGAAUCGUCUAUUGCUAGUCUCAAUAAUGCAUUAGCCAGUGCCAACAAUGAUUUAGAAUUAGCUUUAUCGAUUUUGUUGAGUGAAUCAAAUCAGGACGAAGAAGAAUUUCUACAUAAAGACCCACUAAUAGAACUAUAUGACAUACUUCCAGAAUUACAACACGAUGUUAUAAGAAAAUACUACACUCAAAAUAAUGAAAGCGUCCCAGAAACUAUUGACGCUUUGUUAAAUCAACAGAACCAUGGUGAAAAUUCCAAUAAAAACAAUGCUUGGCAUACAAAACCGAAAUUAGAAGAAAUAAUACAUUUUACUAAUGUUGAUGAUUCUGUAGCAAGGAAGUUAUUUUUCAAAAAUUCAAUGAAUGUUAUUGCUACUAUCGUAUACAUCAUCAAUAAUAAAAUUAACGUAAAUUUGGUAGAAAAUAAAACGAUCGCGAAACCAGUCCAAGGGCAAAAAAUAGGUGGAAGAGUACAAUUUGGUCAUGGUUUGGCACAUGCUGCAUUUCCUGCAAGUACAAAGCCCAACUGUCAACCGAAACCAUAUAGUAAUGAGAAUGUAAAAUGCAAUUUUAUUUACAACGAACAAGCUCCCGAGGUCAUCGAAUUAAAUAAGAUGCUCAAUGAGAAUCUUGAAAUCAGAGAGAUUAAUCCCCAUUUCCUGAAAAACUGCCUGGAUUAUUAUAACGGCAAUCUCACUAAAGUUCUGGAUUUAGCUAUCCUAAUAAUUGAUAAAAAAGCAACCAAGCUUACAUAUAAUCAAAAGAAAUUAUUUGAAGAUGGCUUCCAGAUUGUGGAACCCAGAAAAUCAAGACGAGUCUAUAAUCACACCAAUUCACGAUUGUCACCAGUUUCCAAAAAUGACGUUCAGUUGGAAAACAAGAUUUUUGAGACAUAUACGCUGGAUUUCCAUGGGUACUUACCACAGCAAGCUGUCUCAGAGUUGGACAAAGCAUUAAACAUUUGGUGGGAUUAUGAAAUGAGCCAAAGAGAAUUAAAUUCGAAAAAUUUGAAUGGUACUAAUGCAUGCUGUGUUAAGUCAUUGAGAGUCAUUACAGGUAGAGGACUUCAUUCAUUGAACGGUAUUUCUAAAGUUAGACAAAAGGUCCAAAAACAUAUUGAUUCGCUGAAUUUUGUCUAUUGGGAAGAGCCAUCGUACUUCAUCAUUUAUGGUAAGAAGAUAUCAUCCAAAUAA